AUGUCUACAACACCUCAUAUUGGGCCUUGGAGGACUCCAGCCCAGGGCCAUCUUACCCCAGACGUCAAUGGAGAUCCGCAGACCGACUAUUCGCGUUGGCGAUUGGUCGAUGAAGAAGGCCGUCAGACAUGGCGCUAUCUCGAAUCUGAUACCGAGAACGAGGCGUGGCCACAGUCAAUAGCUGAUAAGUAUCACUUGGGACUGCCGACUGGCCUUCCAGAACUACCAGAGGCGAAGACGCCAUUGGAAGCUGCAGAGAAUGGAUUAUCAUUCUUCUCGCACCUUCAACUGGAGCCUGGAAACUGGGCUUGCGAGUAUGGUGGCCCGAUGUUCCUGCUGCCUGGUAUUUUGAUCACGUACUACGUGACCAAAACCCCUAUCCCUCCUGAAUAUGCGACGGAGAUCACCCGUUAUUUGUUUGCUCGCCAGCACCCAGAAGACGGCGGAUGGGGCUUGCACAUUGAAGGCCACAGUUCGGUAUUCGGUACCAGCAUGAAUUACGUCGCACUGCGCCUGAUCGGCGUGAGCGAAGAGGAUCCACGCAUGAUCAAAGCUCGGGGUCUCUUGCACAAAUUCGGGGGCGCCAUCUAUGGCCCUCACUGGGCUAAGUUCUGGCUCAGUAUUCUGGGCGUGAUGGAAUGGGAGGGCGUCAACCCGGUCCCUCCUGAGAUAUGGCUUCUUCCUGAUUGGGUGCCGUUCGCCCCUUGGAGGUGGUGGAUCCAUAUGCGCCAAGUGUUCCUUCCGAUGUCAUAUCUGUGGUCCAAGCAGUGGUCGCACCCUCUGGAUGAUUUGACAAAGCAGAUUCGCGAGGAAUUGUACACUCAGCCUUACGACUCUGUUGACUUUGCCGCCCAUCGCAACUCGAUUCAUGAGACCGACAAUUAUUACCCCAAAACAUGGUUGCUGAAUGGUGUGAAUGAGCUGCUUGUCCGUGUCUGGAACCCAUACCUCCGUAUUCCAGCUGUUGUCAAGAGGGCCGAGGAUUGGACCUGGGAAUUGAUUCGCAUGGAAGACGAAAACACGAAAUAUGCUGGACUCGGACCUGUCAACAACCCGAUGAACAUGGUUGCUUGCUUCAUCACGGAGGGUCCUGAUAGUUUCUCCGUCCGUCAACACCGCGAGAGGCUCAACGAUUACAUGUGGGUGAAGGGCGAAGGAAUGCUUGCAAACGGCACCAAUGGAGUGCAAGUCUGGGAUACAGCAUUCAUCACCCAGGCCAUUGUUGUGGCCGGUUUCGCCGAUGACCCCAAAUGGCGACCCAUGCUGACGAAGGCGUUGGAGUUCCUCGAUGACCACCAACUCCGUGAGAACGUGCCAGACCAAGAAAAAUGCUAUCGUCAGCACCGCAAGGGAGCAUGGCCUUUCAGCACCAAGGACCAAGGCUACACAGUCAGCGAUUGCACCGCAGAGGGUCUUCGCUCCACAAUUCAACUGCAAAACAUGCACGAUUUCCCCAAGAUCAUCCCGGAACAGCGCCUCAAAGACGCCGUGGACUGUCUGCUCCUCAUGCAAAACCCUAGCGGCGGCUUCUCUGAAUACGAGAUCACUCGCGCAUCUCCCAAAGUCGAAUGGCUCAAUGCCGCUGAAGUCUUUGGCGGUAUCAUGAUCAGCUAUGACCACCCAGAAUGUACAACCGCCUCGGUCACUGCCCUCUCUCUCUUCAGCAAGUUCUACCCCAAGUACCGCGCUGCUGAAAUUCUCGAUGCAAAGAAGAAGGCUGUUGGACACAUCAAGCAUGUCCAGCGGGCCGAUGGAAGCUGGUACGGCUCUUGGGGAAUCUGUUUCACAUAUGCCGCGCUGUUUGCACUUGAAAGUUUAGCAAGUGUCGGCGAGACGUAUGAGACGAGCGCAGACUCUCGGCGAGGCUGUGACUUCCUCAUUGAAAAGCAGCAGGCGGAUGGCGGCUGGGGAGAAUCUUACCUUAGCUCUGCGACUCAUCAGUACGUCCAGCAUGAAAAGUCACAGGUUUGCCAGACUGCUUGGGCAUUGUUAGGCUUGAUGGAGGCCAGAUACCCCCACAGGGAGCCCUUGGAGCGGGGUAUUCGUUUGUUGAUGAGCCGUCAGCAAAAGAAUGGAGAGUGGUUGCAAGAGGCCAUUGAGGGUGUUUUCAACCAGUCAUGCAUGAUCUCUUAUCCGAACUACAAGUUCUACUGGCCUAUUCGGGCCUUGGGCUUGUACGGCCGGAAGUACGGAAAUGGGGAGCUUGUGUAG